UUGUGUAUCCCCAGCUGGCUGGAGUACCUGCUGAAGAGAAUCCUAUUCUUCGUGCGUGCCCGACUGGAUCUCGCCAGGGCCACGACUCAGCAGAAGGAGGAGCGCUCUCGAACUAUCUCAAGGCGGCUUCAGAAGUUCGAGAAACACUCGAAGCAGAUUCUGGACUCCUUGGAGGAAGAGGUGAACAGAAGAACCCAAGUCAUCGUGGACAAGCUUCACAGUUACAUGACAAGUCCCUCUGUCAGAGAAACGCUGUGCCACUGGACGGAGGAGGAGACGCCGGAAGCGCACGAUCUGGAGUCGCUGGAGCACGAGACGCAGAAGCUCAUCCAGAAGCGCCUGGCAGACACCGUCGAGGCCUGGGAACGAGAGCACAUGCUGGUGAAGAUGGCGCAGGAGAAGAUCACCGAACUCUUCAAGAAGGAGUUCCACAUCCUGGACGACGAGUUCAUGGAGAUCGAGAAGACGUUCCUGCUAUCUGGAGAGCUGUCAAACAUAGAGGACAUCAACGUAGGCCUUGCCGGCACGGAGAUGAGUGUCGUCCAGAACCAGGCGCAGUUCAGCGCCAAAGAGAUGGCCAUCAUCGGGCUAACGGCGCCGGUCUGGAUUCCUCUCGCCAUAGUUGCUGGAGUGAUCGCCCUUCCGAUUUUGGGGAGUAUGGCCGCCCAGUCAAAGAUCAAGGAAUGGACGGAACUGAGCAAGUACCGAGCUGCUCGCGUGGCGCACAUGAAGGAAUGUACCAUGAUGUACCUGAACCAUGUAAACACCAAGUACAUCCAGGACAUUGUAGUCGGACAGCUGUCAAACCUGCACCACUACCUGGACCAGCUCAAGGACGCAAUUCCGAAAUUGAUCAAUGCCGACAAGAAACUGAUCGAGAACUUGAGGACAGAAACGAGGGAGGGCAGUCAGCUCAUCCGCAUGUACCGACCCAUCAAUACCAGAGGAGAACUCCUUCUGGGUCAGCUCGAGUAUUUCCGGGCUGUGAACAUGAAGACGUACGAUGUGCAGGUCCGAGAGUUGCAGGACUGGGACCGGACCCGCCCCAUCGCCAGCGGCAGCUUCGCCGAUGUGUACUCCGCCAGACUUCACGGCAGGCCCGUGGCGCUGAAGGUGACCAGGUGUCCACUCACGGACGAUAACACGCUGGAGGUGCUGCAAGAGGAAGAGAUAAUGAGGAAGUUGAAGCACAAAAACAUCGUGGAGUUCCUCGGCUGCGCCCUGCAGAUAACGAAUGGUUCAGCUCGGUUCAUCAUGGUGCUGGAGCUGUGCAGGUCCACUCUACGAGAGGUCUUCUUCAGGCACCCGCACAACUGUCCGGGCAAGCAGAAAAGGUAUUCUGCCGAACAGGGUACAGCUCUGAACUAUGCUUCCAAGAUGGCCGCCCAGCUGGCGGACGGACUCCGGUACAUUCACGAGUGCGGCUACGUGCACAGGGACCUGAAGCUAGAAAAUGUGCUGGUGACGUCAGAUGACGUAGUGAAACUGUGUGACGUAGGUUUGACGAAGGCAGUGGAGAAAGUUACCGGCACCCUUUGUGGAACCAUCUUAUAUGCUGCUCCUGAGGUUUUGCGGCAGGAGAAGUACAGCACCAAGGUUGACAUGUUCGGGUUCGGCCACCUCCUGUGGGAGAUGUGGUACGGAGAGCAGGUCUUCAAGUACGACGCGGCGGAGCUCACCAACGAGCAGUUCAUCAUGUCGGUCGUCUUGAACAACAUGAGACCUAAGUUCCACAGGGACAGCGAGCCGGUGUACUACUGGAAGGAUCUGAUGGUCCAGUGUUGGGACGCGGACCCGAGUAAGAGACCCACCGCCGAGACGUGCUACACCAGCCUGAUCAGCAACAAGGACGCGUCUCCACAAGUGCACUUCAAAAUAGACAGUUCCACCAAGAUAAAGAGUUAACAAGCCUCCCUCCAGUUGCUUGUCGUGAAGAACCCUUAUCAGGCGCAGACAGUUAAACCGUUUGUUCAAUUGGGAUGUUUUUAACUUGUAUGUAUAGGUCCUAUAGGAUGCAAUUUUUCAAACAAGUUUGUUGUACAGUAAGGAGUGACUAUGGUUGUGUAUCGUCCCUUUUGUACAUAAGGCGAGAUAAAAGUUGAUAGUUGGAAGCUCAGAAUGUGUACAGAUAGAACAAUCUAGCACAUUGUAUGUAUAUACAUGUAUAUUCCAUUUAUGUAAUCAAUUUUAUUCAAGGAUUAUUUCAUAUCUGAUAGCUGAUGUCAGCAGCUGAAUUGCUUCUAGCUUUAAAGCGGUAUCAGUGGUUUAUGAUGGAGGCACACCAUCAUUCAGGGGACAGAUCACAUGGAGCGACACCGACACUGUGACUAACAGACAGCAACGUACUAGAGCGGUUUCCUCGCAAUGUUUGCGGUAACGGAAAGUAUGGUAUACAGAAAAGAGAAGAAACACACACGCAAAACAUUACAAAAUUGGCAUCAUUUUUCAAUAUACACUUUUAUUUUUCGAUUUCGCAAAUAUCACGGCCCCACUUUGAACAUGAGACUAGACAGCGUCCUUGUAACAGCCUAUCUCGGACUACCUUUUCAGCGUAAUAAGUAGCUUAUGUAAGUAGCUUGUUAUGUUAUAUUGUUAUACACAUCGAAAGCUUUAGGUACAAAAGGCUGAUUACCAAUUGUGAAUUGGCAUCAUUUCGAGCAUCAUUUCAUGUCGACCUUGCCUGAUUGUUAGUCUUGUGAAAAGUAUCAUUUAAUGAUUGAUGAAGCUAUUGGCCUCCAGCAUAUGACGCUUCGUUAAGGUGGACUCUCACUGCACUUGGGGCACAGGUGCGGCACUACGGGGUUCGUCGAUGACUCAACAAGUUUUAGAGGUAAAGAACGGAUUUUCUUCU